UCUCUUUCCCACCGGCCUGGAAUUGGGGUGGAGCUCGCCCCCUCUCUUUCGCUCGUCCAUUCAGCUGUUGCGUUUGCGUGCGUGUGUGUGUGUGUGUGUGUGAAAGACUUUCGACCAAAAGGAACAUACGCAAUGUUACUUUUUUCGGCCCAAUAAGCGGGCUAGUUGGCCAAGAUAAGUGCCUGCGGAACGAAACUAAACUCCACUCCGAAAAGCGUUUAUAUAAUUCGCUUUGCUUUCCACCUUUGUGCGUUUGGCCAGCUUUUCUUCUCUUUCAUUCGGCCAACUUGUUUUGCCCGCACGCGAGUGUGUGUGUGCUGGUGUGUCGCUUAACCUUCAUGUUAGGUAUGAGCUAAAUAUGCUGUGAUGGCGAAGAUGGCAUCGGGAGAUCUUUCGCUGACCAGCACGAGCAGUCAGGAGGAAGAGAGCUCGGAGUACGCGGGCUAUGAUAACACCCUCCGUCCGCCGUCGAAUUCUAGCGGCAGCACCACAGCAGCCAAUAUGGCCAACAACAACGGGCCCUCGAAGGGCGUCAAUAGCGGAGUGGGCGUGUCGGGCGUGACCGGCGGAAAUGGCACAAAGUACGAUCUACUGCAGACGCAGUACAAGUCCGCACUCCUGGAACUGAACACCCUGCGUCACCAGCACGCGAGCACCAAGCGGCGUUGCGAUGAAUUGGCCACCGAACUGAGUCUCUACCAGGAGCACUACGUGGCCGAUCGCAACAAGUUCACGGAUAUAGUGGAGGAGAGCGCGCGGCUCAAGCGCCUGCUGCUCGAGACCCAAAACCAGCAGAGCCAGCAGGCCCAGAAUGGAAAUAGCCAAGUGCCGCCAGGAAGCAGUGGGAAUCCCUAUUACUUUGGCAAGCCUCAAGGAUGCGAUGGCAGCUGCAGCGAGAAGCUGGCCGAGCUAAAGAAAGAGCGCAACAUGGCCGCAGUGGAGCGCGAAAAGUACAAGAAGUCCUACAUCGAGCUGGAAAAGGAUCGCAACUACUACCGGGAGCGGGGCGACGAGAACCAGACAUUGAAGGUACUGCUCUCCAAGGAGACCAAGAACGUGGUCUCGCUCACCGAGGAGCUCAACCAACUGCUCUCCGAGAAGGACAACGUGCUGCAAGAGCACCAGAAGAUGUCCGAUGAUCUGGUUCUGGCCAACAAGGAGAUCGAACGUCUAAAAAAGGAUGAACAGCUCGCGAGGGGAGAGAUCAAUGCUCUGCAGUUGGCCAACGCGGAGCUCAAGAAGCGUGAUCUGCUGAAGUCGCGCGAGAGCUCCUGGUCAAAAGAGUUUCCCAGCGGAAAGGAGCUGGAGAACAGCAAAGAACUGGAGAAGCUGCGCAAGAGUCUGGAAAAGGCUCUCUCCGAGGUGGAGCGCUCCAGUCAGGAUGCAGAGGAGGCCAAACGCGUUCGGGAUUGGGCCAUAUCGCAGCGCGAGAAAAUUGUGCAGGAGCGGGACUCGGUGAAGACGCUCUGCGACAAGAUGCGCCACGAAAGAGAUAAGGCCAUAUCCGAUUCGCUGAUGGCCAUCAGGGAUAGCGAGAAGAUUAAGAAACAGAAAGACGAGGCCCAGAAAAAGAUUGACUUGCUCAAGGAACAAAUGGAGCAGCAGGAGCGUCACAAUCUGGAUAGUAAUGCGUCCGGAUCUCGACGCAGUUUCCGUUACGAGGGGGAGGACCUCCUGGAAGUAGAGCUGUCCGGUUACGAACACACCUCCGAUCUGGGCAUCAUCCUGGAUGACAGUAACAAGCGGAAGCUGGUGUGUGGCGUGACCAGCAGUUCACCUGCCUGCGGAAAGCUUAAGAUCAACGAUGUGAUCUGCAAGGUAAACAACCUGGACUGCCAGUCCUUGUCGAAGCGAAUGGUUCUAGAUGAAAUCCGCGCAUGUGCACCCCGUUCCCUCCUGCUGGUUUCCCGCACUCGUCACAGUAAGCGGCACGCUUACUCUGUUCAGCUGAAGACCAGGGAUAGAGAUUGCCCGCAUGGCCUGCAACUGGACAUGGGCGUGUUUAUAGCAAAGAUCGAGCAGAACUCGCUGGCUUUUUACGAACCGGAGCUGGACGUUGGGGAUCGAGUGCUGAGCAUUAACAACAAGUCAAUGGACUCGGUGCAGUCUAUUGAGGAGGUGAUGCAGGUGCUAAACGACCCGCGCAGCGAUGGUCUUAAUCUUUUUGCGCUGAAGUACGUGCAGGACCAAUUUCCGCCGGGUAUGACCACCUCGUCGGCUCAGACGGAUUCUAUUGACUCCAUGCAGCAUGUGUCGGGUGGCGGUGGAGGUGGAGGAAGUGGGCCCAGUAGCGCUACCAAACAUCCGUCCAAAUUCGCUGAGUUUUUCUUCCGAAAGCUCAAGUUCAGCAAGCCGGGAACACCGGAGGAUAACUUUGAGCAGGAGCACGAUGACGCCAUCGCCGCUCUGGAUUCGGUGCUCAGUGAGAACAGCUCAGAGAAGAGCAAGGAAAACUUGUUUAACCGCAAAAAACGCACCAAGAAAGAGAAGGAGACCUCAAAGAGCAUGGGCACCUGGCCGCGGACCAACAUAUCACACGAUAACCCAACAGGCACCAUGCGGGGCAAUCAAAAGAAACAAGCCUUGAUGUCACUCUUCACAGCCGGUCCCAUCAACGUGGACAAGGAUGAUGAACUGGUGAGUGAGGUGGGAGUGCCGGAGAAGCAGCCGCCAGAAUUGAUGCAGGAACAGUUGCCUCCACCGUUGCCCCCACAGAUGUCCAAGCCCUUGGCCCACAUCCGGGGAGCAAAUGGGAGCGCCAUUAAGGCGCAUCCCAACCGCAACUCCAAUCCGGUGAGCUCGGGAGUCUCAGCACUGUUUCCCCCCGGUUCUUCAGCAGGCAUGACCAUGACCGGUUAUCCGACCCAUCCCAGGCACUCGCUCUACACUCCCGAGGAGAUUAAUCAGAAGCCAAUGCAGCGGGCACCACUUAUGGGCGCCAAUGCUAGGGUGAAAAUUCCCUCGCAGGAGCGCUACGGAUCCAGACCGCACAGUAACCAUCGCUUGUCGCUGAAUAUCACACCCAGUGGCGAUUUUUACCAGCCCAAGACCAGUGGUCAGCAGGCCCAGCAGCAGGUGAUGAAUGCCUCGUCGUCUUCAGCGGGCUUUGCAAUGGGAUCGGGAUCAAUGGGUGGAGUCACGGGUCCGGCGGCCGGCGAGUUUCCAGUGCGCAAGCAGCAGGUCUUUGACGUCUUCCACCCGCUCCCACUGCCUAAAAACAGCUCUGGAUCCAAUCCCAAUGCCUUGUUCAUGCCGCUGAAUCCCCCGAGAGGCAGUCAUCCGUUGCCGGCUGGCCAGCCGCCGGAUGUGGUAUCUCUGAAAUCGCAGAACUCCAUUGAGUCAAUACUGUCCGCCAAGAGUCCGGCCGUCAGUGAGUACGGGGUGUACGCCAAGCGCCAUGUGCCCAUGCAGGUUAGGCAUGUGCCCAAGUACCCGAGCGACAGUGAAAGCAUUGGCUCCGGGAUUCACGGGGGCUACGGCGGGUUUCUCCAGUCCACCCAUAUCCCGGGGAACAGGCACACGCAACUCUUCCCCACUUUUGGGCCCGGGGGGAGGAGCAACCGCAGAUCCAGUCCCCUGACUCUGCCCUCUCCACCGCCCCAGCAGCAGUUGCAACAACUGCCUGCGGCGGUGGUACCGCACGACAGCGUUGGAAUACCCACCGACCUGGACUAUCAUCCGCACCAUCAUGCCCAGACCAACCCGCUGCCACACCCCCAUCCGCUUCCGCAUGCCCCUUACCUGGACUAUGGACACGGACCCUAUCCCUACAUGGGCGUAGGUGGAGGUGGAGUCUCGGGAGUGGGAGGUGUGAUCUAUGAGGGCGGAACCUUUCCGCGCAAGAAAGACAAUCAGCGGCUGAGAAUUCCGUCCAAUCCCAGUGUGGCCAGCAAGAGCGGCAGCAUGGUUAAGAACAGCUCCGGCAGCAUCGACCAUCACUAUGUGACACACGCGGCUCCGCCUUCCGGAGGGUCCAUGUCAGCCUCAUCCUCGGAUCGCGCACCCAUCUCCCUGAUGAGCUCCAGCAUUCACAACAGUUAUGGUGCAAAUAUGGCUGGCGGAAAUGGAACUGGAUCAGGAGUUGGAGUGGGAGGAGGCGGAGGCAGUGGACGCGGUUCGCCCAUGCCGCAAGUUCAUGUGGAGAUCCUCAGCCACGGAGGCGGCGGAAGUGGAAAGCGCAACUCCAAUGUGCCCGCGGAUUUUCUCUGCCCCGGAGACCUUAGAAGAGUCACCAUCGACAAGCGCGACAAGUCGCUCGGUAUUACCAUUCAGUGCAACAACAACGGCGGAGGGAUCUUCGUGAAAACCGUCGCCGAUAAGAGCACAGCGAUGCGUGCCGGUCUCCAGGUGGGCGAUCAACUCUUGGAAGUAUGUGGCAUUAACAUGCGGGCCGCCACGCAGGAGAUUGCGGCCAACGUGCUGCGGCAGUGCGGCGACUCCUUCACAAUGCUCGUGCAGUACAAUCCGGAGAAGUUUCCUUCGAUGGAGUACGAGGGAGUGCACAAUCUGGAACCAGAAUCUCCUGUCAACCACUCGGGCUCCCCAACUCCGCGCAACUCACCGCGACCACCUGCUCGCAACUCGCUCUUCCCGUUGCCUUUGCAACCACAGGUUCCAUCAGCGAGGUCCGGCUCGAGGGCUCCGCUCUCUCAUCAAUCCAUCAAGGACCAGAGCUUCACCGACAGCCUGGAGAACCAGUCGGAUAUCAGCAGCAGUCAGGACAUGCCCUCGUCGGCGGCCACCACAACAACAACGACCGCAUCGGCCACGUCGACGGUCUACGAUGAGGAGCCCAAGCCCGCCUUGCCGCCGCCGCCUGCAUCCGUUCCGGCAGAGACUCUGAGGUACGUGACUCUGCACAUGGACAAGUCAAAGAACCUGGGCAUUAAGCUGUUUGGUGGCAACAAAGUGGGCAUCUAUGUGCACGACGUGGCGACCGGAUCGCCCUCGGAUCAUGCAGGAAUACGAAAGGGGGAUAAAAUACUGGAGUACAACGGGGUGGACCUGAGUGGAGUUACCGCCGAACAGGCGGCCAACGAGAUUUCAAAGCUCACAGACACGGUCACCAUGCUGGUGCAGAAUAAACUGCACACUCUAAAACAAAUUAAAGACGAGCCUGGCGACUCCUUUUACAUUCGCGUGGGGUUUGACCGGACUGGUGAGUUAAACGAGGACGAUUUGCGUUUUGUGAAGGACGAGGUGCUCUACGUGGACAACACAGUCUUUAACGGCACCUUUGGCUUGUGGCGGGCCUGGAAGCUGGAUGCCAUGGGCCAUCGGAAGGAGUGCGGCAUUAUACCCAGUCAAAUAAAGGUGGAAGAGGAACUACGUUCGGGGGAGGUGGUGGACUGUGAUACGGGAACCGCCAGACGCGGCAGCACUUCGGCCAGGAGAUCGUUUUUUCGUCGCAAGAAGAACCAGCGCAGCUCGUCCCGCGACUCCACGGAGAUUGCCAGCUUCAGCAAUACACAGCUCAGCUUCUUUCCAGACCUAGGCCUGCUCAACGAUGAUGGUGGAGCCCUUAGCUACCAGCGUGUAGAGCUGCUGGACUCGCCCAUUCGCCGGCCUGUGCUGAUCAUUGGACCGCUGUCAGAGUGCCUUAUGGUCCGCCUGACCAUCGAAUUUUCCAACCUCUUCAAGCUGUGUGAGGUGACUGCCAUGGACUGCUCGCAGGAGGCCAUGGAGGAGGGUCUGAAGGAGAACAUCUUUGUGGACUACCGGCGGAGUGGCAACAAGUUUGAGAGCACCACCGUGGAGGCCAUCAGCAAUGCCUGCAAGAAUGAUCGACGUCACUGCAUCCUGGACGUUUCGAUCUCCGCCGUGGAGCGCCUCCAGCGCCUACAAAUCUACCCUAUUGUUCUACUGCUGCGCUUCAAGUCCGCGAAACAAAUCCGCGACAUUCGCGACUUUGGCACCGAAAAAAUCUCGGCCAAGGCGGCCAAGGAGAUGUACGAACGGGCCAUGAAACUGGAGACAGACUACAAGCAGUACAUAUCAGCCGUCAUCCCCGGCGUCAGCAUCAAGCACAUGUGCACCCAAAUCAAGGAUGCCGUCGACAAGGAGCAGGACAAGCUGCUGUGGGUGCCCGUGACGAGUGGCUGAUGCGAUCGGAUCGACUGGCCAACCUGGACUUGGGGUCUUCCUAGUUUUAGUUAUUAGCACACAACGCGACACUCACGCCUAGUAUUUUUUCAACGCGCAUCAAUAGUAUCGAGUUCGUAUUCGUUUUGUUCAACGCAGAGUAUUCAAUUGGCGUCGAUUUGCAACUGAGGAGUUUGCAAUUAGGGCGCGGUAUUUCUACCUGUUUUUUGUCUCUGUCACCUAAUUUAUGUCUGUAGAUGUAGUCUUUGUUCGCGGUACGUCUGUCCGGUGUGGCAGAUAAAUUCUGUCAAGCUUGAUCACAAACAAGGACUGCUUCCACAAUUUAUAUAUCAUAUUUAUAUAUACCGUCUGGAACUAGAUUUCCUUCUAAGGCGACAUUCUAAGCCGAAAGUCUGUUUGUAUGCAAUUUAUUAUUAUGUAAUUGUAAGUAAAAACAUUAUAGAUAUGUAUUUUAUUUACCUUAACGAUUCGAUAAACUCGGUGGCAAUAGAGUUUGGCUUUAAACCCUUCAACUGUUCAACUGUGUAUAUUAAAUAGUUUCAACUAAUCCAAUUUUCUCUGAGAACUGCUUCUAAAUCGAGCUUUACUUACAACUUUACUUAUUCUGGCAAGUGCCUUUGGCCGACCCUGAAAAUAAAACAUCGGCUAGUUAAGAAACAAUAGACGUUUUAUUUAAUUGAGUGAUUGACAAAAAAGCUAUCACUAGCCUUAAGUGGUAAACGGUUAAACUGAAAUGAAGUGCCUGAAAUGCCUUCAAGUUUCUUAGAAAGGAAACCCUUUUCUAUACAUAAAUACAAUUUAUAAAUCUAAUUUAUCAACAUACCCUUGUAUGCAUUAAAGAGUAACAGUAAUAUAUCAACGUAUUAAAUACAAUAAAAUCUAUUUUAUACAUACGUAAGCAUUCUAAAUAUACAGACUACAUAUAUGAUCGCAUACCUUUUUGCA